GGGUAUAUGGAAUUUGAUGAGUGGGCAAUUGAAUUUAUUGAUACACCGCAAUUUCAAAGGUUGAAAGAAAUAAAACAAUUAGGUUCUACCUAUUUUGUUUAUCCUGGUGCAAGUCAUAAUCGCUUCGAACAUAGUUUAGGAACUGCGCAUCUUGCUCAAACAUUUACAAAAAUAUUACAGCAAAAAGGCUCUGGAAAAACGGAAAAUGCAGAAAAUGCAGAAAGUGACUUAAAAUGUGUGACUUUGGCAGCUUUAUGUCACGAUCUGGGACAUGGACCAUUUAGUCACGUAUUCGAUAACAUCGUUAUACCAAAAUUAAUAGGUCCAAAAAAAUGGAAACAUGAAAAUGGGUCAAUAAUGAUGCUAGAGGAUCUUAUUAAAGAACUGAGAGAGUCGGAAGCGAAUUCUUUCGAACUAGAAGCAGAAGAGGAAAAAUUCAUCAAGGCACUUAUUAUGGGAAAAUCAGAUGAAAUAUCAGCUGGAAUUGAUAGGCCCAAAUACCUAUUUGAUAUAGUCAACAAUAAAGAUAAUUCAGUGGAUGUUGACAAAUUUGAUUAUAUUAGUCGAGAUUGUUACAAUUUGAACAUGAAAUCUUUGUUUGACUCUUCACGAUUAAUGAAGUUCUCUUGCGUUAUAGAUGACAGUAUCGCCUAUAACCACAAGGAAUGCUUUAACAUUUAUGAAAUGUUCCACACGCGUUAUUCAUUGCACAAGAGAGUGUAUAGCCAUCGCGUUAACAGAGCAAUUGAUUAUAUGAUAGCGGAUGCACUUGUAAAAUCAGAUCCAUACUUUAACAUCAAAGGUGCAAUUGAGGAUCCUAAAAAAUAUAUCAAACUGAAUGAUUCUAUUUUAAGUACUAUCGAACAUUCUGAUUGCGAGGAAUUAAGUGAUUCAAGAAAUAUUGUAAAGCGAAUUAGACGGAGAAAUUUAUACAAAUAUGUGUCUGAAUGUUUAAUCCCGAAAAAUCUUAAAAAUAUAGUUACGAAGGAAAGAUUAGAAAAAUAUUUUAAAGAUAAAUUAAAUAAUGAGGUAAUUAACGACUUAAUUAUCGAUCAGCCAGGAUUAGAUUAUGGAGAAAGAGACGAAAAUCCUGUAGAAAAAAUCACGUUCUAUGACAAGAAAGAAAAUAAUGAACAAUUCAAACUUAAACGUGAUCAAUUAAGUUAUCUUGUUCCAGAACAAUUUGAAGAAUUAGUACUGCGUGUUUUCGUACGCACAAAUAAUGAG